AUGAUAUCCCUACUCUACUCGCUCCUGCUUCUGGCAGCGUCGGGCCCAUUCGCAGCGGCCGCUUCGGACAAACAGCUCAAGCCAUGUACCGUCAUCUCACCCACGUCCGAGCGCUUCUUCGACCUGAACCCUAUGCGCCGCCAGCCACCAUCGGAGUCGGACGGCAAGAAAAGUAGCAAGAAGGAGGGCGAAGAAGGCAGCUGGCAUGCCAAGGGCUACGAUUACAAUGCCAACUUCACAAUUAACUUCUGUGGACCUGUAGUGGAGGAGCUGGACAAGGUGCAAGAUCUAGACAAGGGCCUUUGGAAGAACGUCAGCGCAUUCUACGAGAGAGGAGAUAAGCAAUGGGCUAUUGGUCUCGAGAACUCAGAGCCCAUCUUCCGCGGUCGCAAGCUCAUUCUAAACUACACCGGAGGUUCGCUCUGCCCAGAUCUGUCCUCGAAAUCCAAGCGCACGCUCGAACCCAUCUCUCUUGACACCCGCGAGAUCAUUGACGGCGACGACGAUGACGGCAAGGAUGACGGAGACAAGAAACCCUCCAAGAAGACUGAGCGCCGCAAGACUACCAUCAUCUCUCUGCUUUGCGACAACGACCCGCUUGCGAAAACCAGUGUGUCCUUCGUUGCGGCGGUAGACGACUGCUCUUACUUCUUCGAAGGCCGCUCGCCCUUCGCAUGCGGCGGCGUGCACCAGGAUACCCAAGCACUAGGCCCCGGCGGCGUCUUCGGGGUCAUCGUCAUGAUCGCCGUAGCCGUAUACUUUGCUGGUGGUUGCGUCUACCAACGCACCGUCAUGCACCAGCGCGGAUGGAGACAGCUGCCCAACUACGCCAUGUGGGCAGGCAUCUGGCGCUUCUUCUCUGACAUGUUCAUCAUUCUUACUUCGUCGUGUGCGCGCUUCAUGCCUUCCCGCCGGGGCUACAGUCGCGUCUCGCUCGGCCAGGAUAGCGGGCGGAGGGGACGAAGGAAUGAAGAUGAGGAUAGGUUAAUAGACAACCUGGACGAGGAGUGGGACGAUUAG